CGGCUACGUGGACUCGUGAAAGUGAAGGUGAACGUCGACGCCGCCCGGCUGCCGCUUUACCUGUCAGACAGGUGGGCCGAUGCUCGCAUACCUGUUGCUCCGCUUACCUGGUCUCCUCAACGCGAUUUCUGUCCCUCGACAACUGCGAAAUUGCGGAGAGAACGGUAAACGCGACGCGCGAUAAGCGGAUACUGUAUUAUUCGACAAGCUGUCAAAAACAGCUGACAAGUGUCAAAAGAGGCCGGACGACGAGUAUGGAGGCUCUAAAGAGGAAACUGGACGAGCACGAGCAGGGACAUCUCCUGAGAUUUUGGGAGGAGCUCACCGAUGAGGAUAGGAACCAGCUGGAGAACGAUGUGCAGGAAUUGGAUCUGCAAGAGACCACUGCGUACUUCAAAAGAGCUGUGGAAUCCUCCCAGUGUGUCGCUCAGGGUAAGCUGGAUGACAAGGUGCAGCCCAUCGAUGAGGGAAAAAUUGCCUCUGUCAGGACCUCGACCAAGGAGGAACUGGGGAGGUACGAGGACCUUGGUCUGACGGAGGUUGCUGAGGGUCGUGUCGCUGUGUUACUGAUGGCAGGUGGCCAGGGCACGCGUCUAGGGGUGACCUAUCCCAAGGGGAUGUUCGACGUUGACCUGCCAUCCCAUAAGACUCUCUUCCAGCUGCAAGCGGAGAGGAUACUUCGCUUGCAGAACAUGGCAGAGCAACGUUGUGGAGUACGUGGAGAGAUAACUUGGUACAUCCUUACCAGUGACGCUACUCAUGAAGCUACCGUGGCGUAUCUGAGCCAGCACGAAUAUUUUGGUUUGAAAAAAAGAAACGUCCGAGCCUUCAAGCAAGGUAUGCUACCGUGUUUCACCCUGGAUGGGAAGAUCAUUUUGGACGCCAAGCAUCGGGUCUCCAAAGCACCGGACGGCAACGGAGGAUUGUAUCGCGCGUUGAAGAACCACAGGAUACUGGACGACAUGGUUAAGCGUGGUAUCCGGAGCAUUCACGCGCACUCUGUGGACAACAUCUUGGUGAAAGUAGCGGAUCCUAUAUUUAUAGGAUACUGCUUGCUCUUCGAAACGGAUUGCGGAGUUAAAGUUAUUGAAAAAUCCUCACCCUCCGAAGCUGUUGGCGUAGUUUGCAAGGUGGAGGAUCAUUAUCAGGUGGUGGAGUACAGCGAGAUAACAAAGGGGACCGCGGAACUCCGUCACGAGAACGGACAACUGGUGUACAACGCCGCCAACAUAUGCAAUCACUACUUCACGGUUGACUUUCUGAAGGACAUCGCGUACUCUCACGAAAAGGACCUGAUUCUCCACGCGGCGAAGAAGAAGAUUCCUUAUGUCAACGACGAUGGGGAGAGGAUCACGCCGAAGGUCCCGAACGGUAUUAAGAUAGAGAAAUUCGUGUUCGACGUGUUUCCCUACGCGAGGAACUUCGCGGUCUGGCAGGGGACUCGUGAGGAGGAGUUCAGCCCGUUGAAGAACUGCGAUUCCGCCGGUCAGGAUUGCUCGAGCACCGCUCGCACCGAUCUGCUCAGUUUGCAUAGGAAGUGGCUGCUGGAUGCAGGCGCGAAGGACGUCGGCGACGACGUCGAGGUCUCUCCUCUGCUCUCGUACGCGGGGGAGAAUCUGCGUCACGUCGCGAACGAUCAGUCUUUCGCAGGGCCGAAAGUUGUUGAAUGAUCAAAGUACGAAAUGAAGAAGAUUCGAUGAUGAGCCUACGGCCUAUGCUGAAGCUCCUGGGUCCUUGUUUAAAUUGUUAGAUUGUGUCAGAGAAAGCACACGCUGAAAAUUCUUAGAUGUCAUGUUUAAAUGAAAAGAUAUUUCGAUGAAACUCUAUUUCAGAUGGCUUUGGCGCACUUUUAAAAUAUUUUUUGAGAAUUAUUCUUUUCCCUUGACAGUAAAACAUUUUUAGUGUGUAUUUUCUCGCCUCUGACGUCAUAAUUUCAACAUGAUCGGCGAGGAGCCAGAAGCCUUAAUGAAUUAAAUCUCGGAAAACACAAUAUUGACAUUUACAUUCCUGUGAUGAAGUAAGAUUAUAAAAAUGUAAGUAAUAUCGAUUUUUAUAAUAAUUGUAUUUUGUAACGAUGACUUCGAGAUCUAUAUACUAUUUAGAAGCUUUCAAAAUUGAUUAUUCAGAGAGAUAAAAGAAGAAGACAUGUAAAGUUUAUAAACAUGAUAUUAACUGUGCAUCGAAUUUUUUCGGCUAAUAUAAAUUGAAAUAUAAUAUAUAUAAUUUGGUGAUAAUCUCACAAUAUUGUAAGUGUUAAAAAAAAAAAAAAUAUAUAUAUAUAUAUAUAUAUAUAUAUA